GUGCCACUUAUACCUGUCGUUCUCUCAUGAGGCUUAGUCGACAGACAAGUUUGAAUUGCUGCACCCAAAUAAUACAUUAUCGUUUUCAAUAUGCUGCUAUCGCCACCCAUGCGGCUACCAUGUGGCCGAAUGAGAGCUAGGCGGGUUGGGAUGAGACACAUUCUCUGGUUGCAUCAUUCGACAAUUGUAUUCGGUUUCCUAGCGGAUGGUUGGAAUGUGUUUUGGUCUACUUUGCCUUCAUUGAUAGAGAUGAAAGCCCGUAAAGCCAAAUGCCAUCGUCAAGAUUUCUUUCAAGCCUUUGUCCCCCUAGAUCAUUCAACUAUCCUUAAAUACCCUAGACACUUGUUUCUAUUUCUGCUUUCUAACAGCCCUCUCACCCCCUGUUUCUGUAACACCGGAUCCUGAAGGCUACGAUAUACUCAUGAUGGCUCUAAAAAGGUUUAUUUUGCUUGUCCUCGCUGGCGCAGCGUUGGCUCAGAUGGAUGGGAUGGGAAUGGGAG